CCCUGUGCAAGGCUGCGACUUUCAUUUCAACAGCCGUCCCAAGCAAUCCACAGCUACACUCAGAGACGAAAGAGAGGACGACCAAGUACGAGAGGCUAAAGGACACAAAAACAAAGACACAGUUAUUAUGAGACAGAGGGCUUUGGAUGGAUAGAUAUGGGCUACAAUGAAGACAUUACAUGCCAAGGAACUUGACUGACAGGACAACAAACACAUCCACCUGUUGGGCACUGAAAGCUAUUGAUGGACGACUGAUAUGGAUAUGACCGGACUGUUGCUUAAAUACACUGAAAAACGUUAAAAAGAGCAACUUUUCCAAGGUCGCAUGCCACGGAUUUGAGUAAGACUGCUUUAAUAUUCUCUUGGAAAUGGACUAGAACAGCAAUUUAUAAAGGACGCUAAACAUACCUUGUUCUAAAGCAUGAAUCUGUAAUUGCAAUGGCCUGCUCUGGGAAUUACAGACCAUUGUAAUUAAGGAGCAUUUAUAAAAAAGCAAAUAAAGAGGUGAGGUCUGACUCAAAGGAUAUCCAGGAUUUCGACACUCAUACAAAAUGGAUGCCCACGGAGGACACUACCUCAACAAAGAAGCCGUGUUGUCACCCCUGGGUGCAGCCCGAAUGUGCCAGCUGCUGUUUGGCUGCACCAUAAUCGCCCUCGUGUCCCACAACGCAGGCUACAGUGCCACCUACGGACACUUCUGCAUGUUUGUGUGGUGCUUCUGCUUCGCUGUCACGCUGAUCGUGUUCAGCCUGGACAUUACAAGACUCCACAGCUGCAUGCCCAUCUCGUGGGAUAAUUUCACGGUGGCUUUUGCCAUGCUGGCGACACUCAUGUACAUCACCGCCUCUGUGGUCUACCCCGUUUACUUCCUUGACAUGGAGUGCCCGGAUGAGGGCUGCGAGGAACAAGCCUACCGCAUUGCCGUGACUGUGAUCUCUAGCCUCUGUUGUUUCCCUUAUGGGGCUGAAGUGUUCAUAACUAGGGCGAAACCUGGUGCUGUGGUGGGGUACAUGGCGACUGUGUCUGGUCUACUCAAGGUGGUCCAGGGAUUUGUGGCAUGUAUUAUUUUUGGAGCCCUGGACAAUUACAGCGAGUACAGCAACUACAUAGCCACUCAGUACUGUGUGGUGGUGUACAGCCUUUGCUUCUCAGUCACCGUCUUUGUGGUCAUAGCGACAAUAUCUGGAAGAACCUCUGCCUUGCGGUUCCCAUUUGAUCGCUUUGUCGUGAUCUACACUUUCAUGGCUGUGAUCCUCUACCUCAGUACCGCACUGAUAUGGCCCAUUUUCAGCUUUGACAAGAAGUACAGCUCUACUGAUCGUCCCGAGAACUGUCCACGUGGAGAAUGUCCCUGGGACAGCAAGAUGGUCAUUGCUGUGUUCUCCAAUGUCAACCUUAUUCUUUAUUUUGCUGAUUUGAUCUACUCCCAGAAAAUUCGCUUUGUCACCAAUGCUGCAGUCUAAAAAACAUUUGUUAGUAUCAAUAUUUUAAUAAACAGAAACUGUGCUCAGCAGCAUGAAGCACAAUGAUCUGGUCUCAGAAACUACGUCCACUGAGGAGUUCACCACUGCAGACAAUGGAGAUUACGCUGGGUGGUUUCGUCCAGGACUGUGGCUUUGUAAUGAUGACAAUAUCAGUAUUAAGUCAGACAUAUGAACAAUCCAUUGCCAUAUUGUGUAUGAACUAUGUAUUUAAUGGUUAAGAGCAUAUUUCAUACACUAUAUACUGUAUAUUAUACACUACAUUUGACAGCUUGCACUGAGUAUUUGUCUUAUACUUUUAGCUUCUCAUGCAUCCAUGGUUGCUGUUGUACUCCUCCAGUCCCAAUGUUCCUAUGACCAUAUUGACCUAAACCAGGGGUGUCAAA